AUGUCUCUGAGCAGCGCCUUCAGGGCCGUGGGCAACGACCCUGGGAUCAUCACCUGGAGGAUAGAGAAAAUGGAGCUGGCCCUGGUGCCCCUGAGCGCUCACGGCACCUUCUACGAGGGGGACUGCUACAUCGUCCUCUCGACCCGGAGAGCCGGCAACGUCCUCUCCCAGGACAUCCACUUCUGGCUGGGGAAGGACUCCUCCCAGGACGAGCAGAGCUGCGCCGCCAUCUACACCACGCAGCUGGACGACUACCUGGGCGGCAGCCCCGUGCAGCACCGGGAGGCCCAGCACCACGAGUCCGACACCUUCCGUGGCUACUUCAAGCAGGGCAUCAUCUACAGGAAGGGGGGCGUGGCCUCGGGGAUGAAGCAUGUGGAGACCAACACCUCCGAUGUGAAGCGGCUGUUGCAUGUGAAAGGCAAGAGGCACAUCCGGGCCACCGAGGUGGACAUGAGCUGGGACAGCUUUAACCGCGGAGACGUCUUCCUGCUGGACCUGGGGAAAGUCAUCCUGCAGUGGAAUGGCCCAGAGAGCAACAGUGGGGAGCGCCUGAAGGCUAUGCUCCUCGCAAAGGAUAUUCGGGACAGGGAGCGAGGGGGACGUGCGGAGAUAGGGGUGAUCGAGGGCGACAAGGAGGCAGCCAGCCCCGAGCUGAUGAAGGUCCUCCAGGACAGCCUGGGCCGCCGUGCCAUCAUCAAGCCAGCCGUGCCUGAUGAGAUUGUGGAUCAGCAACAGAAAUGCAGCAUCACACUGUACCAUGUCUCAGAUGCAGCCGGGCAGCUGGCGGUCACCGAGGUGGCAGUGCGGCCUCUGGUCCAGGACUUGCUGAACCACGAUGACUGCUACAUCCUGGACCAGAACGGAACCAAGAUCUACGUGUGGAAAGGAAGAGGAGCCACGAAGGUUGAGAAACAGGCGGCCAUGUCCAAAGCCCUGGGCUUCCUCAAGCUGAAGGGCUACCCCAGCAGCACCAACGUGGAGACGGUCGCCGACGGGGCCGAGUCGGCCAUGUUCAAGCAGCUGUUCCAGACGUGGACGGUGAAGGAGCAGGCCACAGGCCUGGGGAAGACCUUCAGCAUUGGCAAAAUCGCUACGUUUUUCCAGGAUAAGUUUGACGUGACUUUGCUACACGCAAAGCCAGGGGUCGCGGCCCAGGAGAGAAUGGUUGACGACGGCAGUGGAAAAGUUGAAGUCUGGAGAAUCGAGAACCUGGAGCUGGUGCCCGUGGAGCGCUCGCAGUACGGCUUCUUCUACGGGGGAGACUGCUACCUGGUGCUCUACACGUACGAGGUCAGCAGGAAGCCACAUUACAUCCUGUACAUCUGGCAGGGCCGCCACGCCUCUCAGGACGAGCUGGCCGCCUCUGCAUACCAGGCGGUGGAGGUGGACCGGCAAUUCGGCGGGGCUCCUGUGCAGGUCCGGGUCAGCAUGGGGAAAGAGCCGCGACACUUCAUGGCCAUGUUCAAAGGGAAGCUGGUUAUCUUUGAGGGUGGGACCUCCAGGAAGGGAAACACCGAGCCUGACCCUCCGGUGAGGCUCUUCCAGAUUCGAGGGAACAACAAAUCGAACACCAAAGCCGUGGAAGUCCCGGCCUUCUCCUCCUCCCUAAACUCCAACGACGUGUUUCUGCUGCGGUCUCAGGCGCAGCACUACCUGUGGUGUGGCAAGGGAUCCAGCGGGGACGAGCGGGCAAUGGCUAAGGAGCUGGCUGGGCUUCUCUGUGAUGGCGCUGAGGACACUGUGGCCGAGGGCCGGGAGCCCGCCGAGUUCUGGGACCUCCUGGGAGGGAAGGCUCCCUACGCCAACGACAAAAGACUGCAGCAGGAGGCGCUCGACGUGCAGCCCCGUCUCUUCGAGUGUUCCAACAAGACCGGCCGGUUCGUCGUCACUGAGGUCACAGACUUCACCCAGGAUGACCUGGACCCGACUGAUGUGAUGCUCCUGGACACCUGGGACCAGGUGUUCCUGUGGAUUGGGGCUGAGGCCAACGCCACGGAGAAGGAGCGGGCCCUCCUCACAGCCCAGGAGUACCUGCGCACUCACCCCAGCGGCCGGGCCGCCGACACGCCCAUCCUGGUCAUCAAACAGGGGUUUGAGCCUCCCACCUUCACAGGCUGGUUCCUGGCCUGGGACCCUCACGUCUGGAGCGCAGGAAAAUCUUACGAACAACUGAAAGACGAGCUGGGAGACGCCUCCGCGAUCCUGAGAAUCACUGCUGACAUGAAGAAUGCAACCCUCUCCCUGAGUUCUGAGGACACUGAGCCAAAAUAUUACCCGAUAGAAGUUUUGUUGAAGAAGCAGGAUCAGGAGCUGCCUGAGGACGUGAACCCUGCCAAAAAGGAGAAUUACCUCUCCGACCAGGACUUUGUGUCUGUGUUCGGGAUCCCAAGGGGGCAAUUUGCUGCUCUGCCUGGCUGGAAACAGCUGCAACUGAAGAAGGAAAAGGGGCUUUUCUAA